CGGCUUUGCAGAGCUGUGCCAUUUGAAUUUCAGCACAGACAUCCACACGCUGUGCUCUCGAUUUCUGGCGCGUGUCCCAGCGCAGAGUUUAGCUGAGGCUUGGGUUUAGUUUUCCCUCCUCUCUCUCCCUGUAGUGACAGCUUCUCCGGGCUUUGCUAGCCAGGACUCCCAAGCGAUCAUGGAGGAUACUACUUUGCAAAUUAUCGAACCACCAACUGCUUCUGAGGCCUCUGAGGAGCAAGUCCCUGAAGAACCCAUCAAAUCAGAUCAGAUCAAUGGUGUGAUGGUGCUGACCCUUCUGGACAAGAUCAUUGGAGCAGUGGAUCAGAUCCAGCUGACCCAAACACAGCUGGAGGAGAGACAGCAAGAGAUGGAUAGCGCAGUGAUCAGCAUCCAAGGAGAAUUAACCAAGCUGACAAAGGCACACACCACCACCAGCAACACCGUGAACAAGAUGCUGGAAAAAGUGCGCAAGGUGAGCGUCAAUGUGAAAACCGUUCGGCAGAACCUGGAAAAGCAAGCUGGGCAGAUAAAGAAGCUAGAGGCCAACGAAGCGGAGCUCCUGAAACGCAGAAACUUCAAAGUCAUGAUCUACCAGCCUGAGAAGAUCCAGAGUGUGCGCUUUGAGUCUUCGCCAGGGACUGCCCUCUGAGCCGUCUCCAGGAACGGUUCCCUCUGCCCGCGCUGCGGAAAGUGCCAUGGCCCAAAUCAGCAGAAGACAUGCGAGGAGGCAGCAGUUUAGGGCCUCAGAAGGACUACCCCCUGAAGAUCACUUUGAACCUCUUCUGAAACUCUGAAAGCUGCUGAUUCCAGAGCCUUUGCCUCUCUGCCUGCUUGUGGCUGCUGCAAGCCUUCAGACCUGCAAGGCUGAUCUUUCAGCUGGCAGAAAUGCCUCCGCUUGUUGACUAAUCUGCUUGCUGCUUGCU